GGGAGGAAAAUUCCAGCGGACGCCACGCCACCACUGAACGCCCCGGGCCUUUCUUCCUCCUCCUCCGUCGCUUCCCACUCCUUGCCUUCCUUAAUCCCGCGCUCGUUGCCCCGGUUCGAUCCCUACCCACCACCGGGCUCAUGGCGGAUCAGCUCACCGACGACCAGAUCGCCGAGUUCAAGGAGGCCUUCAGCCUCUUCGACAAGGACGGGGAUGGUUGCAUCACAACCAAGGAGCUGGGUACUGUCAUGCGCUCACUGGGGCAGAACCCUACAGAGGCUGAGCUCCAGGACAUGAUCAAUGAGGUUGAUGCCGAUGGCAAUGGCACCAUCGAUUUUCCAGAAUUUCUCAAUCUUAUGGCUCGCAAGAUGAAGGACACCGACUCGGAGGAAGAGCUUAAGGAGGCCUUCCGUGUGUUUGACAAGGACCAAAAUGGCUUCAUCUCUGCUGCUGAGCUCCGCCAUGUCAUGACGAAUCUUGGUGAGAAGCUAACUGAUGAGGAGGUGGACGAGAUGAUCCGUGAGGCUGAUGUCGAUGGCGAUGGUCAGAUCAACUAUGAGGAGUUUGUCAAGGUCAUGAUGGCCAAGUGAGCCACCGAACCAUAAUCUGAAGGCGGAGAAGAUUGUGCAUUGCAUAUUAUUGAGCUCAUGGAGCAGGACAAGAAAGCAAAGGUGCUGUGCCUGCAUGGCUUCCGGACAAGUGGGAGUUUCUUGAAGAAGCAGAUCAGCAAGUGGCACCCUUCUAUCUUCCAGCAGUUUGACAUGGUAUUCCCUGAUGGCAUCUUCCCAGCUGGUGGAAAGUCAGAGAUUGAGGGCAUAUUCCCACCACCGUACUUUGAGUGGUUCCAGUUCAAUAAGGAAUUCACUGAAUACACAAAUCUAGAUGAAUGCAUUUCGUAUCUAUGCGAUUACAUGGUGAGAAAUGGACCGUUUGAAGGUCUGCUUGGAUUCUCCCAGGGUGCAACACUUUCAGCCCUUCUGAUUGGCUACCAAGCACAGGGCAAGGUUUUGAGUGAUCAUCCACCAAUUAAGUUCAUGGUCUCAAUAUCUGGGAGCAAGUUCAGGGACCCAAGCAUCUGCGAUAUCGCCUAUAAGGACCUGAUCAAGGUGAAAUCAGUGCAUUUUAUUGGAGAAAAGGACUGGCUCAAAGUACCUUCUGAGGAGCUUGCUUCUGCCUUUGAUGACCCCCUCAUCAUAAGGCAUCCCCAGGGCCACACUGUCCCCAGGCUUGAUGAUGCAUCUGUGAAACAGCUUUCUGGAUGGAGCUCAAGCAUCCUGGAAAACAUCAAGAAUGAAGAUGUUCAUGUUUCCAAGGCCUUGGAUGCAGAGGAGAGCACUGGUGCAGAACUUUCAGAAAACCUGGUGGAACAAGUUGCUGCUUGAACGUGCUUGCUGCAUGGUGUGGUUGUGUUGUGUUUGAACAUUCUAGUCUUCUAUAAUCUUAUCCCAAGAAACCCGUUCGAUCGACAAGUGUAUCCCAUGUGCUUAAGAAUAAAAAUAAUUCUCUGAAGUUUCAACUGAAACUAGUGGGUUCGAACGUUCAGUGUAAUGUACACGUACUUUCAUUCGCAAGGUAUCCUUGUAUACCAACUUUGUUGAGAUA